UUAUUUCUCUUAUUAUUUUUUUCUCCAACUCCCACUCUCCAACCGCAACAUCCUCUUCUCCCUGCCCUUAUAACCAUCCCACCACCAUAACCAUUUUUUUAACCUUUUCCCGUUGCUAUUUCUAUUGUUGUUGUUCUUAUUAUCAUUAUCAUUAUCAUUAUCAUUAUUGUUAUUCUUUUGGGUUAUCGAGUUGAUGAUGCAUGUGGGUUUCUUUCAGAUCCUAUAUAUGAUUGAUUUUUUUCUCUCAAAAUAUUUUUUUUUUCGAGGAUCUUUGUGCUCUCUGAGCGAAAUCAUCUAGCAUAUUGAGUGAUGGUUAAGCGGGGCUGGUGUGCGAAUGCAUUUCUUCCCAGCAGGCAAUGCGACCCCAUCGAAGUGGGUCAGUGUUUAUUCUCACUAACAUAAUGGAAGCAGCAUUGAACUAAGAGAAAAAUAAUCCUCGAGCUAUUGGUUCAGUGGCAGGAAGGCUUGAUUCCCUCGUUAUCAUCUUGGAUUCAUAUCCAAGGAGUUGUGAAAAAGAAAUUUUGUGUGAAUGCACUGUUUGACAAUGGGGAAGCCCACUCCUGCAAGAACUCAGCCUUGAUGUGUGAAAGCUUCCUUGAAGAUAUCUGACCAUUAGAACCAAAAAAAUAAUUGGGCAACAGUAACCUAAGAAUAGUACGAGGGAUACUAACACUGCUAAAAUCUAAGAAAGUGUUGUGUUAUUUAUUUAAGGAGUGAUGUGAUAGAUUAAGUCCUGCAAUGAUUGCAAUAUGUGAUGUUAGUAAAAAGUUUUGUAGAAGUGUUAGCGCCCCAAAAUUACUCUGACGACAGCCAAGCUUUGUGCACAAUUUCCUUGCAUUUGUGCUGGAUGAUACUUGCAUAUUGUUGUCUUUUUCAAACUCUUUUCCUUUGAGCACUGCAUCCUGUGUAUUUGCUUGUGUUGCUUCUAGAACCUGUGCAAGUGUCUAACCUGUUUAAAAAUAAUUAUGUCUUAUAGCAGUGCAUGUACUUCAUUUGCCCUGUGUAACAUGACUGCAAGCUUUAUAUGGUUUUAAAAUAAUGUAUCAAUGUGUCUCAGACUCUUGGAACAAUUGUGUUGCCUCAAAUCCUAUACACCUUGUCUUCUGUGCAUUCUUACGUAUUGAUGACUAUGCUUUAUACACCUCAUAUAUUAGUAUGUAUUGUAUCUGUAGUAUGAAGUAUGUGCCACCUAGCUAGCUUAACUGGCUGCGGCAUUGAUGUGAUGAUGUGUCUAUGUUUUCUUACAGGUAUCAUCAGGCAUCCACAUUUCCAGGUUUGAAUGAUCAUCAUAAUAUUGAAUUUUUAAGUUUGAGCCCGAGUUGAAUUAUUUGAGGCAAGUCUUCACAGUUAGCCUAACAUGCUUGUCAUUUGAAACAUCAAUUUGUAGAAAAGAAAAUUUGUCUCUUCCAAUUAGUUUGAGUAGUGAUUUUAGAUAUGGAAUUUGGUGAUGUGAUCUUGUGAACCAUCUGCUUCUUCUUCUUCUUCAGGUGAAAUAUCACUUGUAGCUGUGCCAUUCGUAAGCUGUUAUAACUUUAUGAUAAAUUUGGUUUUGCUGGCAAGAAAAUGUUGGGGGGCAACAAUGGCAAUUCUUUGCUUCCUGUUUUGAUGGAUGAGAAUCAUAUUCCUUAUCAGACUAACACAUCAAACCAGUUGCAGUUGUUUGGUAAUUUGGCAGCUGGAUGCAGCAUUGAUCCAGUGAAUUAUUUUGGAAAUGAACAUGGAACUCCUAUCCUCCGUGCCAAUAAACGUGGAAGGGAAGCAGAAGAUUUUGGCAGACAGCAAAAGCUACAGAUUUCCUUAAAUUAUAACAUUUGUCAAGAUGAAGCUGACCGCGCAGCAAGCAUUCCAAACCCAAACCCUGUUUCAACUGGGUUGCGUCUAUCUUAUGAUGAUGAUGAACACAACUCAUCCAUAACUUCUGCAAGUGGAAGUAUAAGUGCUGCACCUUCAAUCAUCCUGUCCCUUGGUGACAAUAUUAGGACUGAGGUUGAUCGGCAGAACGAUGAGUUUGAUCAGUAUAUAAAGAUUCAGGAGGAGCACUUGGCUAAGGGGUUGAGGGACUUGAAGCAUAGACAUAUUUCUUCUUUGCUUUCUGCCAUGGAGAAGGGUGUGAGCAAGAAGCUACAGGAAAAAGACAGAGAAAUAGAGAAAAUAAACCGUAAAAACAAGGAGUUGAUUGAGAGAAUAAGGCAGGUGGCUGCUGAAGCCCAGAACUGGCACUAUAGAGCAAAGUACAAUGAAUCAGUUGUCAAUGUCCUGAAGAGCAACCUCCAGCAGGCAAUUUCACAGGGCGCUGAUCAAGGGAAGGAAGGAUUCGGAGACAAUGAGAUUGAUGAUGCUGCCUCUUACAUUGAACCUAACAACUACCUGAACUUUACAGGUCACCCUGCAAAGCCUCUCCUCUGGAAUUAUCAAGGCUUGAAGGAACAUGUGACAUGUCGAGCAUGCAAAACAAGGGAAGUGUCCAUGUUGUUAAUGCCCUGCAGGCAUCUCUGCUUGUGUAAAGAAUGUGAUGCGUUAAUCAAUGUUUGUCCUGUAUGCCGGUUGAUCAAAACUAAUAGUUUUCAAGUGUACUUGUCCUAAAAUAUGGAGUAAAUCACUCAAAGUAAUCUACACCCAUCAUACGAGAUUACAUGUCAAACUGUUCUUUACCUGACGCAUAAGAUGUAUGUCUAGUAACUUAUCUUUGAAGGAUGAAAGCUUCCGUUGGCUCUGAUCUU